AUGUCCGGCUCAGGCUCCAGGUCUGAUAAGACACUCCUGUCUCGCCCUGAUAAUUUCAGUGGCGUCAAGGGUUCUGUUGCCUUCAAAAUGUGGUGGCGACAGGUCCGCGUAAUGUUCGAAGCCAAACCAAAAAUCUUUUCGGAUGAUAAAAAGAAGGUGUUGUUUGCUACGUCGUGUAUGAAAGGAGGGAGUGCUGGCCUUUGGGCUGAUAAUUAUACUGAAGAACAGUUCUCCCUACCCGACACCCAAUGUUGGAGCUUCACCGAUUUCGAGGUGGCUUUGAAAGCUUUGUUUGAUGACGCGAAUGCCAAACGAGAGGCACAGCGUCAACUCGAACUCUUGAAGCAGGGCAGUUUGACUGCCGAAGAGUUUUUUGUGCAGUUCGACCAACUCGCACGAAUGGCAGGAUGGGCUGCGGGGAGUGAUGAUCAUUUAAAUCUUCUCCUCGAACGAGCCUUAAAUACUUGUCUCGUGGAUCACAUCUGGGAAAGUUCGGACACCAUCAAGGCUGGAACUUUUGUAGCCUGGAAAGCGAAGGCGAUCGAACAGGAUCAACUUUAUCGCCAACGCCCCCAUUUGCCCGCUCCACCUGCACCUCGAACUAGCUCCAACCAGAACCCCCAUUCUACUUCUACUCCUCAACCAACUUCUUCCGCAGCCUCUGCGACAGGUACCUUCGGCGGUCAAGGACUUCCCAUGGAUGUCGAUGCUUGCCGUCGUCAGGGGUUAUGUUUCAAGUGUGGCCGACAUGGUCACCUUGCGAAAGACUGCCUUCAAGGGAAGCCAGCUGCGAUACAAGCCAUCCUUGAAGAAUUGCCCGAAGAAGACAAAGACGAGAUGAAGAAGUGGCUUGGAGAGAAGGGUUUUUAA